ACACACACAGACAACCGCGUGACAAUAUGCGUUUUGUAUCGCUGUUACACAGCACAAAACGCAUAAAAAAUGUGUGCUAUUUGGUAUUUUUAUUUUCCUUCAAUCACGGCGGGUUUGUUGCAGAUAGAAAAUCUCGAAAUAGCGACAGAUCUCAGCGGUGUCUCUAAAGGAUACGCUUACAUUACGUUCCGACAUGUUGAAGAUGGUAAGCGAGCCAUGGAACAAAUGAACGGCUUCGAAUUGGCCGGUCGUCCAAUGAAGGUUUGCUCGGUGGAAGGCGACGAGCUGCCACCACAACUUCCACAGCGUACACUCGAUACAGAUGAAGCGGAUAGACGUGGUAUCGAUUUGGGAACUAGUGGACGUCUGCAUCUAAUGGCUAAAUUAGCCGAAGGAAGUGGUUUGGAAUUGCCAAAAAGUGCCAAAGAAAUGCUGGCGCAGAAUCAGCAGCAGUUGGAAGGCGUCACAGUUGGGGGCACACCUAUUCCACCGAUCGCCACACAAUGCUUCAUGCUUUCCAAUAUGUUUGAUCCAACACAAGAGACGGGUGAUACUUGGGCCGAUGAGGUGCGCGAUGAUGUUAUCGAGGAAUGUGCCAAAAAUGGAGGAGUGCUGCACAUUUUUGUGGACAAGGCCUCUCCGCAUGGCAAUGUUUAUGUGAAGUGCCCUUCAGUUGCAGUUGCAUACAAGUCGGUGAAUGCGCUACAUGGCCGAUGGUUUUCAGGCAAAGUAAUCACAGCCAAUUAUGUUCCGGUAGCUAGCUAUUCGCAGUUGUUUCCCGAUUCAGUAACUGCUCGAGGGCCGCUGCUUCCACCCACGAAGCCACCUCCAACAGCCGGAAUUCCUGGCGGUGCGGAGUACUGA